AUGAAAAAGCCACUUAUUGUUAUACUGUCCAUUUCACCUGUGUGCGCAGCUGUAUUCUACGAACAGCUGUAUUGUUGGGGCAAAAUGCUUUCAGGUGUUCGCUUCCGCCCGGGGAGAGGAGGAAGCUGCAAGUGCCCCGGGAGUGUGGGCUUGAUACCGGGGUGUGGUACUGACAUGCUCCUGGUACCUGAUGGUAGUAAUAAAUGCAAGAGGAUCUCUCGAGCCAAGCCGGAGGGCAGACUGCGGGGCCUGCAGAACCUGGAGAGCGAGUGCUUCCCCGCCAUCCCCAUCUCAGAGGCCGAAGGAAGUGGCGGAGGAGUUGGAGGCGGGGGAUCGACCUCCUCCACCUCCUCGACAACCACCGCCACCUCGUCCUCAACCUCAACCUCGUCCUCCACCACCACCACCACCAAGAACAACACCGCACCCACCCACACGCCACAGGAGACAAGCGAGAAGGAUCCCUUGUCCCUCAACACCAUCGUAACUUCUACGAGCGUGUCCACAGCACCUGGCAGCAGCAAGAAGGCUCUAGGACCUCCUCCUCUGGCGCCUAUUGUGGUAAACGAGAGAACGGCGGCCCACGAGGUCACCCAUGCAGAGACCGCCAGUGCUACGGCUUUCCUGUCCAAUGCCGUGCUCAAUGUGCCCACGAUUAAGACAACCAUGGGAUUGGUACGACCAAGUGCUGUAGUGGUCACUCAGCGCAGUGGAACAGGAAUGGUCCACAGCCCAAGCACACGUCUCAGUGUAACAUCUCGCACACUGAAGUUCCCCACAACAUCUGCAGUGACAGUUUCCUCUCCUUCAGCAUCAUCUUCUUCAUCCAUGUCUACUUCAUCAUCAUCUGACACGGGAUUCUACAUGCCUCCAACACCCCCCUCCUGCUCAAGCAGUGAUAGUGAAUGUGGCGGACAGUCCCCUCCUCGCACACCUCCUCUGUAUGAGACUCUCACCCCACAGUUUGCAAAUCCUCGCAAAGGAACAGCACGCAUUCUUGUCUCUUCAAGAAAUCCUAUUAACACUCCACUUAUCUCAUCACAGCCGAAAGGAGCAACAGGAGUCAUCAAUCUCACAGAGGAAGAAAAGAGGACUUUGCUGUCUGAGGGCUACAGCGUCCCCAGCAGACUCCCACUCACCAAAAGUGAAGAAAAGUCACUCAAGAAAAUCAGAAGAAAAAUCAAGAAUAAGAUCUCAGCCCAGGAGUCCCGUCGCAAGAAGAAGGAAUACAUGGACGCCCUGGAGAGAAAAGUGGAGAAACUGAGUAGUGAGAACAUGGAGAGCAAGCGGCGCAUUGAGAUACUGCAAGCAUCCAAUUCCCAGCUGAUGUUAGAAGUCCAGCGCUUGCAGAGCAUGGUAGAAAUCGAUGAGAAGACUAGGAUCAGAUCAACGCCUUUAGCAACGUUGCUCUCGUAAAGAAGUUGGUACGAGCCAUCAAUAUUCAAACCCAGAGAAGUAUAUCUCUACAGGAGAUGAAUGAAAAAUCUCACCAUUCCUUUCAUAUAAGUGCCUUUCACCUUGUAUGGAAUUAAGUGGCAUUAUUUUUAUACCUGAUGUAUGGUUGAGGAAGGAAUUAUCAACCAGGGUACAUUCCACGACAAAAACAAA